CGUACGUACGGCACCCCUCUGACCACAUCGAGCACAUCUACUCUCUUCACGUAACACAGCAUCUCCUCACCAAUGACCUAGUCUUCCCCCCAACGCAGGCAUCGCACAAUGAGUGGUAGCUAUCACCAUGGUCGUGACGGCAAUCGCCACUCUACACUCGUCGCAGGCCCUUCUGGCGAGUGGGGGACUCCCUCGCCCCCGCGAAGCCACGAACGUCAAGGCUUGCCCCGGCAACCCUCACACUUGGCCAAGGCAUCUCAGAAUACUUCGCAAAAGGAAUCGCUUGGAGUGGGGUCCCAUCACAGGAACCCUUUCCGAUCCCACCACUCACAAACAAUGCCACACUCGAACGGUCAGUCCAGCUCCCGCGAGUGGGCUAGCAGUGAGAGGUCAUCUCCCUAUCACGCAUAUCUGCAGUCUACUGCUCACCUCACACCUAGCACUUCGAGUCCCAUACCCCCUGUAUUGAACAAUCCCUUCGCAAGGUCGACCUCUGGACCACAGCCACAAUUCAAGGCCAAAAGUCAGCCCUCUUCACAGGCGGGCCGUUCCUUUUCCACUUCUGGUCCGAGCAAAGCAAAGGGGGUAUCGGAACUGAUCAGCAUGUUCGACGGAAAGCCAAUUGAGAAGGGGACUCGAAGCGCUUUGAACGUCCCCCUUGGCCACCCCUUUGGCUCUUCCUCUGUCCAUCCGAACCCAAGCCUGAACACGCUAGCGGCCGCCAUGGGUCAAAGGGAGGUCUUCAUGUCGUCCGUAGCGUCACCCUCUCGACGUCACCAAUCACAAUCGUCAAGAGUGGGCUCUUCUUCGCGGCAUAUAGCCCCAUCCAUGGCUGACCGUAAACGGCCUCAGCAGCAAUCCACCUCUCACUUCAGCGAUAGAAACAGCUCUCAAAGCAGUUCGCAGAGUAAGCCUACACCAGCUUCACAGCAGAACGGAUCUGCAUCCCAACAACACUCAGCACUGCAAGGAUCCGGCCAUAGCGGCAGCUCAGAGCUGACUCUGGCAGCACCGCUUGAGGCUAGGAAUCUCGACCGAGACACUUCGGCAGCUGGCUUCAAAAUCGCAUCUACAGUCAAGUCAGAGCUCGAGGGUCCUCCCCGAGCUGAGCUACCAUUGCUGCCCUCCGACGCCAAUGCGGACCACUUCUCUCCGUCUGCGGAGCAAAAUCAUCACCACAGUGCCCUCGAAAGCGACGAUGACUCCCAACGCUCGCAGACUCCCAGACAAGACAGUCAGUCGAUCGUCAGUGGCCCAGCUACAAUCGGCUUGGCGACCCCGACGAGCUUCAGCGACAAUUCGGGCGUCUUCUUCAGUCCAUCAAGUAUUCGGAGUGGUCCAGAGUCACCCGACCCUCUCAAUGUCAUCUCUCCGCCCCGAAGAAAGAGCGGGCAUCGGCAAGAAAGCCCGAGCACCAGGAAGUCGAUGGAACAUCAUCGUUUUCAAUCGCAGCACCCUUCGAACUUGAAUGCUGCAAUGGGUGCAUCUAUGCGCGCCACGUUGGCGAGCACUAGCAAGCGGCAAUUGGACGAUGCCCCUGAGCCGGAGGGCAGUGCAGCACAGCAGAGAAAGAAGGGCAGAAAAAGCACGAAUGCUCAUUCGCCAGUAAAGGCGACCAACUUCUAUGCCAGUAGCACGGACGAAGCUUCCACCUCUCGACUCACUCAAUCUGCCGAGGCUGCUUCUUCCUCAAGCUUGGUGUCUUCAAAGAAGGCAUCCACUUCUCAGUCAAAGCCAAGUGCGCCCAAGCCUCGCGGACGGCCUCCUGGAUCCAAGAAGAAAGUCACCGCCUUUCCUACAGCUUCGGCAGAAGAGGUCGUCGAGCAUGAGGAAGAGAAAAGUGUCCCAGCUGCAGUCGUCGUUCCGACUACAGCCAAGCAGCUACUCAAGGAGGUGACGGCAGAGCGAAGAGGCACCACAUUCACCUCCAGUCUCCGCCUCGCUCUGCCUGUGGACGAUGAAUUCGACUCUGGCUCAGCAGAGGAAUGGGACAAGGACAGCGACUACGGCAUGCACGAUGGAGACGAAACAGUCACUGUAGGAGACAAGACUGCUGCUCUACAGACACCCACAAACACUGACGUGACGCCGUCCGCGCCGAGAUCAAAGCCUAGUGUCAUCAAAAGUGCUGACAAACGCUCACCAAUGAGGAGAUUUCUCGACGUAAUGGAAGACCUCUUCGAGGCGGAAAGCUCUCUGCCGGGCUCCGACAGCAUUUCCAUCCUGCCAACGGAGCUCGACGCCUCUGCUUCCGAUUUCUUUGUUCUAGUCGAUGGCAUCGCAGUUCUCAAACCAAACCGCAUACAGCAUCUCAGCAAAUUAGUGAGGACUUGUGCGGCCAAUCAGAGCGGGAGGCGACCUGUCACCAUGCUUGCUGCUGGUGGUGCUGACGGCGGUGCCACCAUGUCCGAGCCUGCUUCAAUUGCCGAAAUCGACCUCCAAGAUAUGCAGAAGCUGAUGCGCAUCCUAGCGACUACGGCCAAGAUCGGAGAGGGUAUCAGUCCUUUUGCAAAUUCUGCCAAAGCAGCCGCUGCAGAGGAAAGAGGUAGCGCGAGCCCAAACAAGAGGCGCGGCGCCGGUGCACGCAACACGACUAGGUCUCCACGAAGACCUCGGCGAAGCAAGGGCACGCUCAGCGGAGAGACUGAGGAGGAGCAGGAUGCGGAGGAAGUCGAGGAAGGACAGGGCAGCGACAGACUUGCAGUCGAAGAGGGCGAAGAUGUGCUCUUGGAAGGCGACGGCACUUCAGACCUGGCGGCUUCUCCGAGGCCCAAGCACACAAAAGAGCCUUCCAGGACAUCUGUUUCACCGACAAAGUCAAGAAACGGCGAAGACGACGUAGACACCGAGGCCACUGAAGAGCAGCAUCGUCAGCUUGGCGAACAAUUGUCUCGGAUCGCUACCAGUCUGAUGGCUGUAGACUGCUGCUUGAGCAUCGUGACGCAGCCUGCUAUGGACAAAAGUCUUGCUUCCGAAGAGCUACUACAUAGCUGCUUCGAAAUGCUUCGAGCAUCCCUCGAACAGGUCAUCUUCCCCUAUGGUGAAGCCUGUUCGAAUAUCAAUGAAGCUUCCCAUCCUCUGCUCCAAGCCUGGCUUCGAGUCGUAGCACCGAGUGAUGCUAAGAGGGACAAGAAGAAACGUGGACGCCCCAAGAAGCUCGCAGUAGAUGCCACGGACGAUAACGCAGUGGAUCCGUCUGGGAUCUUCGCUGGUUGCACCGAGUAUCUUGCUAGCAUCCUGCGUAGCUGUUGUGUUUUACUAUCGCAAGCUCAGAAAGUGGUUCUCCUCCCAUCGAUAUCCCUCUCCGAGACAAUCUUAUAUAGCGCCAUCUAUGCUGGACUGGGUACUUUCUUUGCCGCAGAGCCAGACACUCUGUCUGGAACAUCAGACGCCGCGAAAGCCAGUAUCCGUGGGAGGAAAGCCAUGGAGGCUUUGGCUCCAGGUGUCGAUGCUACAAAUACGGUCAUGAAAUCGCUGAGGCAGCCAGCUCUCGGCUUGCUGUGCAAUGUCUUCUCCCUCUACUCGGAACAACGACAAUGGAUCAUCGAGGAAAUUCUCACCUCCCUGGUGAAGCUCCCAGACAUGAAGAAGCAACGCAAGCAAUACGCACUCCACAAUGGCAGAGCAAUUAGCACGAUCACUGCUCUUCUUGUGCAAUUGGUCCAAGCGGCUUCCUACGGGCUCAAGAAUCGCCUGACGCCUCAGCAGCCGACCGGACAAUCUUCGACUAUGGCCGCUAUCGAGGUCGGUCUUGCAGCGAGUCAACGCGUCGACGAGCAAAUUGACGGAGACGAUGAUGAAGAGCGCUCCUCCACUGCCCACGGCACGUCUUCCAGCGACUACGAUCUUGCAUCGCUGCGCAAAGCUCUGGACGGUCCUGCGCAGACAUCGCGGGCCAUUGCUACUUUCUUGAUGGGCAGAAUCUCAGCAAUGAAAGUGACAAAGAGUUCUGGAGACUUCAGCUAUGCCUCGGUUGUAGAAAUGCUGAUCGGAGACCUCUUGACUACAGUCUUCUUACCCGAAUGGCCAGCAUCCAUUCUGAUGCUGUCGAGUUUCUGUCGCACCUUCAGCUCAGUGCUAGAGGAUCCAAAGAUGCUACCAGAUGCCAAGGGAGUCGCGUUGGAGCAUCUGGGAACGCUGGCUGCCCAUUUGCGAGCGAGCCAGCUUAAAGUGGACAGCCUCAGGCCGACCGGGGGCGACCUGCUGGACGGAGUCCGAAGCGCUCCUAGAGCAAUGAAUGCCAUUGAGCAAGCUCGAGACGAGCAGGGCCUUCACGACCUCAAUCACGCAUACGGAAUCAUACUUGACCACCUCGCCGCUGCAGAGGUCGAUGAUCACACAUCCAAGAGUGCCAGAGAGUUCCUUUUGGCUCAAUGGGGUAGCGAGGUAUCUGCUUCGUUGAUUCGAACAUCGGCCGCUCUUGACAUCGCUCGAGGGUCAGAAGAGGAGGACACCCGCGCGGAAGUAGCUCCCAUCUCAGAGUACCUUGCCGGGCUGCAUCAGUCUCUACUACUACUGUCAAGCUAUGGACGAGCGGAUGGUGGCCUGUCAAACAACACGGCCAGGGGCGAUGUCUUCGCUAGUCGUCCUAUAGGGAGCUACGAACAAGCUAGCCAGAUUUCUGAGCAGCUCGUUCAAACGACGUCUUAUGCAGUCACCUUCGACUUUGCUCGCUCCGUACUUGUCAAUGCUUUGGACGGCCAGGCAGUAGGCAACCGAACAAAAGCCAUCAGAGGCCUCAGCGCCAUAUAUGCCAUCGACGCCACCCUACUGGACUUGGCUGCGAUUCGGGAUGCCAUCGAGACGAGACUAUCCGACGAGAGCAUCGGCGUCAGGGAGGCCGCCGUAGGACUUCUCUCCAAGUACUUGCUUGGUCAGCCGGAAGACAUGCAAAGCAUGUAUGAGAAGCUACGUGAGCGCAUCUUCGACGCCGGCCUUGCUGUCCGCAAGAGGACGCUCAAGCUUCUUGCCAGCAUCUACCGGACUCUUCCCUCAGACGAAACACGGAUCGAUGCAUGCAUACGCAUGGUUCGCUGCGUGAACGACGAGGACGUUGGCAUCCAAGAUCUCGCAGUCCAGACCCUGGGGGAAAUCUGGCUGAACCUCACAUCGAGCGGUGAAGACGCGGAUGACGUGAGACCAGCAGCUGAUGGCAGCAAUGCCAACCCGGCUGCACCUUCAGAUGCGAAGGGACUCGACGCCGAGGAGCAUGAUGUGUGCGGUCUGGACAACGACAUGGCGGUCAUUGUUCGAGUGGCAGGCGCAAUUCGCGAGAGACCAUCACCUCUUGAAGAGGUCUUCCGGCGCUUCAGCAAGGAGAGAAGCGAAGAAGAAUCGAAGAAGCUCGUCGCCAAAUUGCAGUCCUUGAGCGACAGACUCAUCAUCGCUCUGGACGAGGGAGAGGACUCAGGUGACACAGCUACGCUGCUCACCAAGGUCAAGGCCAUCUAUCUUGUCGUGUCCACCAAUCCUGCUGUACUUUCGAUUGCGAAAGCAAAGGUGCUCUUGUCACAGCUUCGAGGCUCUCCACAGACGCCGGAUGAGGCCAGUGUCCUUGAGACUCUCUUGAAGGUCUUCCGCGUCAGCUUGCCUGUCAUGCCAAAGACCGCUCUGGCGUUCGCUGGUCAGUUGGAGGCGGCCCUCCGACCCCUGCUGAACAAUCCGCCCCGCCAAAUGGCUGCACUGCAAGAGGUAAUCGCCUGCUAUACCACUAUCAUCCAGGCGCACACAGAGAGCUACUCCACACUCGUUCGCACUUUCGGUCUCCUUUUCAAGGCCCUCAGCGCAAUCGCUGCCAAGCUCUCAGCCCAGCCAGAUUCACCCGUUGAUCGCAAGUCUAGGAUGAUCAUGUCGGAGGCUGCACUACUAUGUGAGCAUGCGAACUUUGAUGCUCUUCGAAAGCAAAAGCCAGAGCUAGAGCAGGAGAUCAAUGACACACUAGGCUCAGAAUCCAUCAAGGACGCCGUAUUCUUGCUACUGCUCGCAAUUCGACAGAGCCCGACACAUCGUUCUGUGGCACUGCAAGACAUCGGCACUCUCUUCAGAGGCUUUCCUUUGCUGAUGAUCGAAGACAAAGGAAUGGAGGUCAUGGAUGCUGCCUUCGGCUCAGAGCAGAACAGUGACAAGGAGAUGCUGUUGCGUAUCAUUCUGGACUUUUUGACGACAGACAGCGCCAAGAGAGCCCCGACAAAAGCAGAUGCGAAGACUAUUAGCGGGGACGCGACAAGCAUUAGGCCGGGGGGUCGCAAGUCCCUCUCAAAGGACGGCGGACAACCAACUCGAGUCGAUAUGAGUGAAUUGGUCGGCAACACGGACAAUUUUGCUGACUCGGGUGUCAGCUCGAUCCUGGUGCAACGCUACUUGGACCCGAUCCUCAACGCUGCUGUAGCGGUGGGCCAACCAGGCCUUCAACGGCCAGCAAUGGAGAUUCUCAAGUUCAUCAUUAUGCAAGGCUUGUGCCAUCCCCUGCAAUGCAUGCCGACCCUGAUCUCCCUUGAGACGACCACCGAUUCGAGGAUUGCCAAUCGCGCGCUGCAACUCCAUGAGCAUCUGGCAUCCAAACAUGGUUCGAUCCUGGCCGCUCGAUACGGAGAACUCAUCAAGUCUUCCUUUGAAUUCCAGUGGAGUCUGCAUCAGCCGACUGCAUCUCAACAAGACUUGCGAGGCUAUCGCAUCGACGCCGUCACGGGGUUGACACAUGCCCUCCUCCAUCCAUGGUACUCUUUGCUGAAGGACAAACGUCAGACUCGCCUCGACUUCUUGAAAGCCAUGUCCAAAUUUCUGGAUUUGGAUACGUCCUCUGAUGCUUGCACAGACGAGCAAGUGCUACUGUCGCGCUACAUCGCUGACAAUCUAGCGGUCUUCGAGUACAAGACCUUGGAGGAGGUCUUGGUUGUAAUUGCGGAUCUCAAGAAGAUCCUGGCAGUCUCAGGCGCCCAAGUGAAGUAUCUGGCGGAAGAGUACGUUGCCACUGCUGAGCAAGGAAGCGAUGCGGAAGCCAUGGACGUCGAUGAAGAUGGAUUCGCCGAGUCAGAGCCGAACUGCUCGGAUGAGGCGGGUGACGACGAGUCCGGGUCUGAUCUCGGUGGCACUCAGCACGACCUCCGAGAUGCGGGGCGAGGGUCAAUUAGAGGGAACGGCCGAGGGAACACCAAAGCACUGAGCAAGCCUCAAUCGGUUGCAGUGGCUCGCAUGAGCAUUGUUAUGGGCACUGUGCUGCUUCUGCGUAAUCAACUCAAGGCCGCCUUUGGGCUAUCAGAGGAGCGAUGCUGCAAAUACGAACCAAAGAAGAAGCAAUUCAGCGGGGCUGAUCGGCCUGCUGUGCGCAAAGGCGGCAAUGCGGAGCCUUUGAGCUUCGAUGGCCUGCCAUUGGCCCUCGACGUCAUCUCUUCGAGGCGUCUAGCCCUGGAGCAGAUGGCCAACUUCGAGGACCUGAUGGACAAUGAAGGAAGCAUGGCUGAAAUGGACGAAGACUGGGAGGAGUGAAGAGGGCUGGAGCGGCAAAGUCAAAGGCUUGGAGACUCAUGUGGUAGCGCACUUGUACAUUCCCUUCAUUUCUUCCAACCAGCAUCAAUGUUGUUGUCAUUCUCGAGUCC